AUGGCCGCGUCCGCCGUUGCCGUGAGCUCUCUGAGCCUCUCCCGCAGCGCAUCCGUCGGCGUCGCCUCGACACUCGGACACGCAGCGCAAUCAGGAGCGAAGCUGCUCGCGGCGGCGGCGAUCGCGGGCUCUCUCGCGCUUGGCGCCGUGGGGCUGCCGCCGGACGCGGCGCAAGCGGCACUGAACCGCUUCGAGGCGGAGACGCGGGGCGAGUUCGGCAUCGGCUCCGCCGCUCAAUACGGCUCCGCGGACCUGAGGAAGACGGUGCACCGCAACGAGAACUUCCGCCGCGCCAACUUCACGUCGGCGGACAUGCGCGAGGCGGACUUCAGCGGGAGCGUGUUCGCGGGGGGGUACCUCGAGAAGGCCGCCGUUGCUUACCGCACCAACUUCGAGGGAGCGGACUUUACAGAUGCGCUCAUGGAUAGAAUGGUGCUGAACGAGGCUAAUCUGACGGACGCGGUGCUGCUGCGCGUGGUGCUCACUCGCUCCGACCUGGGAGGGGCCAUUGUGGACGGCGCUGACUUCAGUGAUGCCAUUCUCGACCUGCCGCAGAAGCAGAUCUACUUUGCGUCAUUACCCAAUCCCCACCUAUUUAUUAAGCACUCCCCCCCUACCACCUCCCACCUCCUCCUUUCCCUUCAACAGGCCCUAUGCAAGUACGCCAAGGGGGAGAAUCCAGUGACAGGCAUGGACACACGGUUGUUGUGGUGUCUCUGGCCCCUGGAAUCUCCCACAUACGCUGUAUCUAUCACCUUCCCCACUACUCCUCUAUCCCCUUCCCCUCCUUUGGCAGGCCCUAUGCAAGUAUGCUAA